AUUAUUGUGAGUGACUCACGCCCCGCCGCGGCCCGGUCCGGUGCUACCACAAUGGCUCAUUCCAGGGUUCUCGAGGUCACAAUCCUUUCCGCCGAUGACCUCUUUGAGGUCUACAAGAACAUGAAGACCUACGCUAUUGUUUGGGUCCAACCCGACCGGAAACUCACCACCGGUAUUGACCAAACCGGCGGAACAAAUCCAGUUUGGAACGACAAGUUCUCGUUCCGAGUCGAUGACAAGUUCCUUAGCUCCGAUGACUCCAAGAUUGUUAUCGAGAUUUACGCGGCUGCGUGGGUUAAAGACGCCUUGGUUGGUUGUGUUAAUGUUAACAUCAACGAUAUUUUCCAUCUCCGGUCCGUCACCGACGAUCAAGCCGACAGCAACUCAGCCGCGAGAUCCGUCACGCUUCAAAUACGCCGCCCCUCGGGGCGUCCACAAGGGAUUAUAAACGUGGAGGUUGCUCUUGUUGAUAGUACCAUGCGGAGCUUGCCUCUCUUACAACAACCUAAACCCAAAACAACCGAUAAUAAUACAGAAAGUCACGGGUACAAGUUUAAUGUAAUCCCCAAAAUGAUCCGUUCGCUGAGCGACAGAACCGAGUUAAAAAUGGAAGAUAACUCAGUCGAAAGGCCUGCAAAGGGUUCCGUCAUCAACGGUGGUAGCAUGGUGAACGGUGGCAGCAUGGUGAACGGUGGCAGCAUGGUGAACGGUGGCUCUGACUGUGGCACCGACGUCGGGCCAUCAGUUUCGGUCGUGGCCGCCGCCAUCGCAAAAGGGUUGUACAAGCCACCGGUACAUACUAAAGUUCAGACGAAAGAAAAUCCAAAAAUAAGCGAAUGGACGAGGAAAGAGAGGGAACAAGAAGAACUAGAGAUGAAGAUAGAGAGGUGGGGGUCGAAAAUGCCACCGGCGUCGGCGGCCAGAGGAUCCCGUAAAUCGAAGAGAGGGAAGAGAGGAAAGGCAAACACCAAGUUGUUCUCAUGCUUUAGUAAUGCUUUGGGGAUUGAGAUUUCGAUCACUUGUGGAGAACCUGAAUCUCAAGGCAUCGGCAAAAAUAACAAAGUUUGUCACUUAAGCGAUGCGGAUGAUAAUUAUAGCGAAUCCAUUGUUUGAAUCAUCGUGUUAAAUUGCUGUU